AUGGCUCCCAAGACAGUUACCAUCCUCGGAGCUACCGGGAUGCAAGGUGGUUCCAUCGCGCGUACCCUAGCCUCCCAGCCCGACAAAUACCACGUCCGCGCCCUAACCCGCAGCCCUUCCUCCCCCAAAGCACAAGCCCUCACUGCACUCGGCAUAACCGUGACAUACGCCGACCUCAAUGAUGCUGAAAGCCUCGCAUCCGCCUUCUCCGACGCCAAUGUUAUCUACGCAAUGACCGACUUCUGGCAAUCGAUGGAUGCAACAAUCGAAGAAACCCAAGGGAAACGGAUCGUCGAUAUCGCGGCGCAGAUCCCAGAACUGGAGCAUUUCAUCUGGGCGUCUCUUCCGAAUGGAAAGGCGCUUUCGAGUGGAAAGUUUGCUAACAUAUUUCAUUGGCAGAGUAAGGCCAAUGUUAUGGAUUAUGUUCGUGCUUGGAAACCAGAAUUAGCGAGAAUCGCGACAGAGGUGUUGUUUCCGAAUUAUUUCGAGAAUUGUCUGGUUUCGCCGGGGAGGUAUUUACCUGUUAAGCAGAAGGACGGCAAAUAUGUUCGCGAAUUUCCACAUGCGCCGGGCACAUUGAUGCCGAACGUCGCUAUCGAUGAUACCGGCAAGCUUGUCAGCUACCUACUCGAUCAUGGGUCGACAUACCAGACCAAGACAGUCGCGUUCUAUGCGCAGGCGCUAUCGGAGUCGGGGAAAGUCGAGGCUCUGGCUGAAGCAUACAAUGUCCCCAUGCCGUAUAGGCAGAUUACGGCUGCGGAAUUCCAAAAUCGGUUGCUCGAUACGAUGAACGAGACAACCGCGUUGGAUUUCACGGAGCAGUUGAUGAUCUUUGAUGAGUGUGGGAUGAUUUAUCGGAAUGAGAGCUUCGUGCAGGCUAAUCAGAUAACACCCAGUGAAUCUCUUUCAUCUUCUCCAUCGGCGCCCCCCGGUGCGUCAUCCACCGGUAAGUCUGUCGCGGUCCCCGCCAUACACGCUCACCACAUACAUAUCGAACGAGCUGGUCGCAACGGGGACAUGCAGUCGCACGGAGUCGACGAACGUCGCCGACCCGAGGCCCUGCGACAGCGACAGCCGUGUCUCGACAGUCAGCCAGGUCAAAAGGUCGACGCUACUCUCAGCAGCAAUUACAAUAUCGCACUGCUUGGUCUCAUGGAUCACGGCCGCACAUACCCGUAUAUUACUGUUGCUGGCGUACGCUACAUGGGAAAUGUCGCGUGCUUGACCGUCUCUUAA